AAUUUUCCAGCCACAAUCAGGUUGUUCUCCACUUUAAUUAGUAGGUCGUCUUGCAGAACCGCGACGCAUCUACGAACUUUAAACUUGCCAGGUGCUGCAAACUUGGCCAGCCAAUUUUUCAACAACAUUAAAAAUAUAUUACAAUCAGUCCUCACGAUGGCGGCAUCACUUACAGCUGCAUUACCGAAGCCGAAGUACACCGGCGAGGAUGAAGAUAUCCCAGCGCACGCCCAGCAGCGUGGUCCUCGAAUUGUUGGUGUCGGUCAAAUAGACGAAUCGCAAAUUGUCAUUCGAAGAACUGGCCCGCCGCCGUACGGCCAGCGAGCAGGAUGGCGGCCAAGAGGUCAGGAGGAUUUCGGCGACGGAGGUGCUUUCCCAGAGAUUCCGAUCGCGCAAUAUCCCUUAUCGAUGGGUAAAGAGUCGGGUACAAGCAAUGCUCUAGCAAUCCAAGUCGAUGCCGCCGGAAAAGUCAAGUACGAUGCCAUCGCGAGACAGGGCCACGGUGAAGGGAGGAUAGUUCACUCAUCGUUUAAGGAUCUCAUUCCUCUUCGACAACGCGCAGAUGCAGGCGAGAUCAAUCUGGAGAGACCCAGCGAGCAAGAGGUGGAGGAGACCAAAGAACGAACAGCAAAAGCCCUCGCUACGCUUGUUAGCGGUGCCGUUGCAGCCCAGAAGCCGAAGAAUGUCAAUGUUGGGGCGCGAAAGAAUCCUACAUUCGUACGCUACACACCCGCGAAUCAGAUGGGGGACAACUCGAAGAAGCAGGAUAGAAUUAUGAAAAUUGUAGAGAGGCAAAAGGAUCCUAUGGAACCACCAAAGUUCAAGCAUAAGAAGAUCCCGCGUGGACCUCCCAGCCCUCCGCCGCCCAUCAUGCACUCACCACCACGGAAGUUGACCGCCGAAGACCAAGAAAUGUGGAAAAUCCCGCCCCCAGUGUCAAAUUGGAAGAACCCGAAGGGUUUCACAGUUCCUCUUGACAAGCGAUUAGCGGCGGAUGGUAGAGGUUUGCAAGAUGUUACGAUCAACGACAAGUUCGCACAAUUUUCAGAGGCACUCUUCAUGGCAGAUCGACACGCUCGAGAGGAAGUUCGCCAGAGAGCACUUAUGCAACAAAGACUCGCAGAAAAGGAGAAGGCACAGAAGGAAGAGAACCUACGUAUGCUUGCGCAGAAAGCUCGAGAAGAGCGUGGUGGCGCUUCAAAACGUCGCGACUCUAGAACCUCCCGCGAUUCCCGGUCACGGUCACGAUCACGCAGCUACAGUUAUUCGGAUUCUGGCUCGGAGAGUGACGGCUCAGAUGUCCGCGAAAGAGAAAAGGCCCGUCAAGAGAGACGGCGGGAAGAGGAACGCAAACUUCGCCAGUCCCGCAUGGGUGCGGAGAGGCGGAUUCAGGUCAUGGCAAGAGAGCAGGGCCGUGACAUAUCCGAAAAGAUUGCUCUCGGCCUGGCAAAGCCUACACAACAAGCCGAGUCUAUGUACGAUUCGCGUUUAUUCAACCAGUCCAGCGGUUUCGAUAGUGGUAUCAACGAAGAUAACCCGUACGAUAAACCGCUCUUCGCAGCACAGGAUGCCAUCAGUAGUAUUUAUCGACCAAGCCAGAACAUGGACGAGUACGAGGACGAAGGUGCCGGGGAUCGAGAAAUGGCUAAAAUUCAGAAGACCAGCCGAUUCGGUGAAGUGCUGGGUAAGGGAACCUUUAAGGGGGCUGGAGAUGCCGAGGUACGAGAAGGGCCUGUUCAGUUCGAGAAGGACACAGCUGGCAACGACCCCUUUCAAAUGGACAAGUUCAUGGCCGAGGUGGAUCAGAGUUCUUCAUCCAAGAGAGGCUAUGGGUUACAAGAGGGAGAGUCGAGGCAACCAAAACGUGCUCGGGUGGACGAAGACGACUGAAGUACCAGUAUACCUUAAUAUUUACCACACAUUGUUUUCAUGUGCAUACCUACCUAGCAUAUGGUUGGAGAAGCUGGGGAAUUGCCAGAUAGCGUGCAUCUAUAUAAUCCAAUGGUUUUCCUCCUCA